AUGCAGGGGCUCCGGGGAGAGGAGUCCGAAAUUAUUGAGGUGUCGGUCACAGAGGUGAUCACGGAGACACCGGUCCGGACACCAACGGAGAUGUCACAAUUACGGAUCCUCAAGAAGAAUCCACCGCCAAUUCUAGCGGAGCCCCAAUUAAUGGGGCUUUUACAGAGGGAACGAUCUCAUCUGCUUGGCCUCAUCGCACCCUCACAGACGUAA